AGAUUCUCCGGUUGCACAGUCAAUCGCGGAGUCAAUCCGGGCUUAGUCGUUAACGCACCCUUAAGAGAGAAAUUUUAUAAAAACGGGGAGUACUGAAAGGGUGGUGAAAGAAUUUUACCAAAUUUACUAAUAUAACUUUAGUCAGGAGAGAUUCGAAUUUUGUGUUUUUUUUUUGCGGCUGUGAUAGUUGACUGAAAGACUGUUUUUUUGUGCUACUGCGGGAUUUUUUGUUGAAGCUAUCAAGAGAUAUUGAAUAAAUAUCAACCAAAAUGCCCGCCAGAGCAGACACAACCGUUCAAAACGGCAUGAAACACAUCGACGACGUAGUCAUCACCGGAAUCUCAGGCCGUCUCCCCGAAAGUAGCAACAUCGAGGAGUUUAAGCAACAACUCUUCGAUGGAGUUGACUUGGUAACUGACGACGCAAGAAGAUGGCCUUCGGGACUAUACGGUUUACCCACCAGAACUGGAAAAAUUAAAGACUUAACCAAAUUCGACGCGUCAUUUUUCGGAGUGCACGCCAAACAAGCCCACGUUAUGGAUCCGCAAUUGAGAAUGCUUUUGGAACUGUGUCAUGAAGCUAUUGUUGAUGCAGGCAUCAAUCCUAACGACGUAAAAGGUUCUCGCACAGGUGUCUUUAUUGGUGUCUCGGAUUCUGAGUCGAGUGAAUACUGGACCGCUCAGGAUCCAGAAACUAUUACGGGCUACGGACUCACCGGAUGUUGCAGGGCGAUGUUUCCCAAUCGUAUUUCCUACACUUUUGACUUUAAAGGGCCCAGUUACGCCAUUGAUACCGCUUGUUCCAGUUCACUAUUUGCCUUUCAACAAGCUGUCAAUGCCAUACAGACUGGCCAAUGUGACUCUGCUAUUGUUGGCGGAGUUAAUUUGCUACUUAAGCCAACAUCUUCAUUACAAUUUCACAGAUUAAGCAUGUUAUCACCACAUGGUAUGUGCAAAGCGUUUGAUGCCUCUGGAAACGGCUACGUCAGAUCAGAAGCUGCCGUCGUAGUAUUUUUACAAAAAGCCAGUAUGGCAAAAAGGGUAUACGCCACCGUUUUGGGUGCCAAAACAAACACUGACGGAAAUAAAGAGCAAGGAAUCACCUUUCCCUCUGGCGCUAUGCAAAACCGUUUGAUACGCGAGACUUAUGAGGCGAUAGGAGUCAGUCCUAAUGACGUAGCAUACGUGGAGGCCCACGGCACAGGAACAAAAGUAGGAGAUCCGCAAGAAGUAAAUUCGAUCGCGGACUUUUUCUGCAAAAACCGAGGUUCGCCCCUGUUAAUUGGAUCGGUGAAAUCAAACAUGGGCCAUUCCGAACCCGCUUCCGGUCUCUGCUCGUUGGCUAAAAUUGUUAUCGCUAUGGAGCAGGGAGUGAUUCCUGGAAAUUUACAUUUUAAAAGUCCUAACUUGGAUAUUCCGGCUUUGAGUGAUGGAAGAUUAAAGGUGGUGUCCAAAAACGAACCCUGGAACGGCGGUAUUGUGGGUGUAAACUCAUUCGGGUUCGGUGGAGCUAACGCACAUAUCGUCCUAAAAUCGAAUCCGAAACCGAAACAAAAGUGGCCACUAGGACCGGUGCCAAGGGUGGUUGGUGUGUCCGGACGAACUGAAGAAGCCGUAAAGAACUUUUUAAAGCACGCCCAUGAAAACCGCGAAGAUGAAGAAUUCCUAGCCUUAGUAGACCAAGUACAUUGCAAAAAUAUCAACGGUCAUUUUUACCGAGGUUACUCAGUACUCACCGAUGAACCUUUAGAAGAAGUUUCAGCCGUAGGUGCCGAUCCACGUCCGAUUUGCUUCGUGUUUUCGGGCAUGGGUUCCCAAUGGGCCGGCAUGGCCAAGGAUCUUAUGAAACUCGACGUGUUUAAACAGUCCAUUGACAGAUGCGCGGCUGCAUUGAAACCCCACGGAGUGAACUUGGAAGAUAUCAUCGUCAAUGGAACUAAUCAGACUUUCGAUAACGUUUUGAAUUCUUUUGUGUCGAUUGCGGCCAUGCAAGUUGCUUUAACUGACGUCCUGAAAGCUGUGAAUAUCGAGCCUGAUUUUAUUGUGGGGCAUUCUGUAGGCGAAGUUGGUUGCGCUUACGCUGACGGAACCUUGACGGCGGAACAAGCCGUUUUGGCCGCAUAUAGUAGAGGCCGUGCGAUUCUCGAAAGUAAACUGGCUCCAGGAGCUAUGGCCGCCACUGGUCUCACUUGGGAGGAAGCUAAGAGUAAAUGUCCUGCCGAUGUGGUACCUGCGUGCCAUAAUAGCGAAGAUUCUGUUACUGUUUCUGGACCUCCGGCUGCUAUUGAUAAGUUUGUGGCCCAACUCCAAGCAGAAAACAUCUUCGCCAAAGCAGUAAACAGUUCGGGCACUGCCUUCCAUAGCAAGUACAUAGCCGUAGCGGGCCCCAAACUAAAAAAAGCUUUAGAAAGCAUAAUUCCCAAUCCCAAACCCAGGACUCCCAGGUGGAUCUCUUCCUCCAUCCCAGAGUCAGCUUGGGCAACCCCAAUGGCUCAACAAUCCAGCGCCGCUUACCACGUAAACAACCUCCUUUCUCCCGUGUUAUUCCACGAAGCCCUAGCGCACGUCCCAAAAGACGCAAUCGCUAUCGAAGUGGCCCCUACUGGACUUCUACAAGCGAUUCUUAAGAGAGCCCUGGGGCCUAACGCCACUAAUAUUUCACUCGUCAAACGGGGACAUGAAAAUAACAUUAAUUUCCUCAUGUCAGCUCUGGGAAAAAUCUACGCGGCCGGCGCACAACCGAGCUUAGGCAAACUAUACCAUCCGGUAACUUUCCCUGUUGGUAGAGGUACCCCUAUGCUAAAUUCUAUGAUUGAAUGGGAUCAUUCCAUCGAAUGGUCUGUGGCGAGUUUCGCAGGUAAAGGCUCCAGAUCUGGAGAACUGGUCAUCGAUGUAGAUUUGAGCAAAGAGGGAGACAAAUAUCUUUCUGGACACGCCAUAGAUGGAAGGGUCUUAUUCCCAGCUACCGGAUAUCUUACUUUAGUGUGGAAGAGCUUUGCGAAGUUGAGAAACGAGGACUACGAACAAAUGCCCGUUGUAAUGGAGUCCGUGCAGUUCCACAGGGCGACCAUUAUGCCCAAAGAAGGCUCUGUGAAGUUCUUGGUAAACAUUUUUGAAGGCAGUGGCGAUUUUGAAUUGUGCGAAGGUGGCUCGGUAGUAGUCAGUGGUAAAAUUUCCGUACCCGAAGACGUUUCUAAGCAAAGUUUGAACCUCCAGAAACCCGCAGUUAGGCCAGAAAAGGACGUACUAUCUCUAACCCUACCAGACAUUUACAAGGAGCUCAGACUUCGAGGUUAUGACUACGAAGGCAUAUUCCGCGGCAUUACUGAGUGCGACAACCGAGGCAUCAGCGGAAAACUAAAAUGGGAGAACAACUGGAUUAGUUUUAUCGAUACUAUGCUUCAGUUUUCAAUCUUAGGACAAAACACCCGAGAGCUUUACUUGCCAACGAGACUCCAAAGGGCCUUUAUUAAUCCCAAGGAGCACUUGAACAUCGUUAAAAAUCUUGCGGAAGGCCAAACAGUGGAGGUGAACAUGUAUCGCGACAUUGGGGUGAUAAAAUCGGCCGGAAUCGAACUUAGAGGCAUGAAAGCCAGCCUGGCGCCGAGAAGACAACAAACUCAAGCGCCCCCCAAACUUGAAAAGUACCAGCUGGUCCCCUUCAUAAACAGUUUUAAUGAAGAACUCGAGAAGAGUCGAGCGAACGCACUUACAGUUCUCGCCCAACUGGUCCUAGAAAACUCUUCAGGCGCUUCUAAGCUUAAAAUUGCCGAGUGUCUAACGGAUAAGCCCAUCGAAGCCGCCCUGGCACCCCAAAUUACAGAAAUUCUCGAAAAAGAACCAAUGAUCGCCGUUGACUCUACUGUGGUCUCUACAGCGCCUGUAGACGCUUCCAGUCUCGAGGCCAUCGGCAUCAAAUCGGCUGUAAAAGACAUAAAAAAUAACCCAAUUGAAACCAAUGCUCACCUCAUUAUUAUCAGUGAUGCCCUAAACUAUAACCAGAAAUCUUUAAUUGAUAAUGCCAAAAACUCAGUCAAGGAGGGCGGUUUUGUUCUUUUAGAGGAAGCCAAGGGACCGGUUGAUUCCGCAAAACUUGCCGCGCUCGGUCUCGCAGUUGUGAGCGUGCAAAACACCGCCACUAAAUCCUAUAUUCUUCUGAGAGCUCCGGUAGAGGUCGCCAAAGAUGCCGCGGUCAUCCAAGUUACCGAAAAUAACUUCUCUUGGGUGGAACCACUUAAGGACGCCAUGGCCGCCGCAGAAAACACCAACACGAAAGUUUACAUUUACGUGCAAGGUGAGCCACUUACCGGUUUGGUCGGCAUGGUCAAUUGCCUAAUGCGUGAGCCAAUUGGAGGUACAAAAGUGCGUUCUGUCUUCAUUCAAGACCAAAACGCACCGAAAUUUAGCUUGGAUGCCUAUCAAAACCAACUAAAACUCGACUUAGUGCAGAAUGUACUUAAAAAUAAAACUUGGGGCACCUACAGGCAUCUUCUUCUGGAGCAAAACGUCGACUCGGGAAGUUUACAGGUAGAGCAUGCCUACAUUAAUACGCUCACAAGGGGAGACUUGGCCAGCUUAAGGUGGAUCGAAGGUCCUCUGUCGUACUACAAGGGAGAAGAUUCGAACACGGAACUUUGCCAUGUGUAUUAUGCUCCUUUGAACUUUAGAGAUAUUAUGUUGGCCACUGGUAAACUCCCUCCGGACGCUUUGCCGGGAGAUCUUGCUGGUCAGGACUGUAUUCUCGGGCUGGAGUUCUCCGGACGCGAUAGUAAAGGAAAAAGGGUUAUGGGCAUGGUUGCCGCAAGAUCACUUGCCACCACCGUACUUGCCGAUCCAGGUUUCCUCUGGGAGGUGCCGGAUAAGUGGAGUCUGGAAGAGGCUGCCACUAUUCCAGUUGUUUACGGAACCAGUUACUACGCCUUGGUGGUGAGAGGUAAAAUGCAACCGGGGGAAUCAGUCCUUGUUCAUGCCGGUACUGGUGGUGUAGGACAAGCGUCAAUUGCCAUAGCACUCCAUAUGGGUUGUAAAGUGUUUACUACAGUGGGUAGCCAAGCUAAAAGAGACUUUUUAAAGAAAACAUUCCCACAAUUGACGGAUGACAAUAUCGGCAAUUCUAGGGACACCAGUUUCGAACAGUUGGUACUGCAACAAACUAACGGUAGAGGAGUCGAUUUGGUUUUGAAUUCGCUUGCGGGCGAACAGUUGCAAGCAUCCGUGCGAUGCUUAGCUAUCGGCGGAAGAUUUUUGGAAAUCGGCAAGCUCGAUCUGAGUAAUAAUACCGCGCUGGGAAUGAGUUUGUUCCUGAAAAACACGACGUUCCAUGGAAUUUUACUGGAUGCACUAUUCGACUCUGAUUGCCCCGAAAAACGUGAGGUAAUGAAAUUGGUAACUGAAGGAAUCAAAUCGGGAGCAGUGAGGCCUUUACCUAAUACAGUUUUUAACGAAAACCAAGUGGAGCAGGCGUUCAGAUUUAUGGCUACGGGCAAACAUAUCGGCAAAGUCCUUCUUAAGAUCAGAGAAGAGGAAGCGAGAAAGACACAGCGGCCGGCGAUUAAAACCGUCACAGCCAUUCCUCGCACUUAUAUGGAUCCGGAGAAGAGUUAUGUGCUUGUAGGCGGUUUAGGAGGUUUCGGUCUAGAGCUCGCUGAUUGGCUUAUCAAACGUGGGGCUAAGAAUGUUGUUUUAACAUCCCGCAGUGGCAUUAAGACCGGUUAUCAGUCGUUGUGCAUCAGGCGCUGGCGGGAAAACGGAGUAAAAGUGCUCGUAUCUACUGCAGACGCCACAACUGAAAAGGGAGCGCGCAGACUUUUAGAAGAAGCGACCGAUUUAGGACCUGUGGGCGGCAUUUUUAACUUAGCGGUGGUACUUCGUGACGCGACGUUCGACAAUCAAACCGAGGCCGACUUUAAAACCGUUUGCAAGCCUAAAGUUGACGGCUCAAAGAUGCUCGAUGCCGCCUCUAGGGCCUUGGCUCCCCAUUUGGACUAUUUCGUAAACUUCUCGUCAGUUUCUUGCGGCCGAGGCAACAUUGGACAAAGUAAUUAUGGAUUGGCAAACUCAGCUAUGGAAAGAAUCGCCGAGGCUAGACACGAGGCUGGAUUAUCAGGCGUGGCAAUUCAGUGGGGCGCUAUCGGUGAUGUCGGUUUGAUUUUAGAGAGUCUUGGCGGCAUGAAUGAUACUGAAGUGGGAGGAACUUUGCCCCAAAGAAUGUCUUCUUGUUUGACUACAAUGGAUUUAUUCUUGCAACAACCGAACUCGGUGGUGGCCAGUAUGGUUCUGGCAGAAAAACGGAAGGCAUCCAGUUCUAACCAAAUAAGUCUAACAGAUGCCGUGGCAAACAUUCUGGGCAUCAAAGAUUCCAAUACGGUUGCGGCUGCUGCAACUUUGGCCGACCUUGGCAUGGACUCACUUAUGGGCGCUGAAAUUAAACAAACUUUGGAACGAAAUUACGAUCUUGUACUGAGCGCUCAAGAAAUUCGUGGUUUAACGUUCGGAAAACUGCAGGAUUUGAGUAGCGGCGGCGGCAGUGGCCCCACAGCAUCACAGAAGACCGACGAUGAUAACUUGGUAAAAUUCGAGACUGGUAUGGCGGAGAUCAUGCCAAGUAAAACCUUGGUUUCGUUGCCGAGCAAGUCGAACGAUAACAAAAAAGCGCCCGUUUUUGUGGUUCAUCCUAUUGAAGGUAUUAUUGAUGCUAUGAGAACGUUGGCUAAAAAUGUGGAUGCUCCGGUAUAUGGGUUGCAAUGUACCAAGAAUGCUCCUUUGGAUACCAUUACGGAGUUGGCCAAGUUUUACGUGCAAGAGAUCAAGACUGUUCAGUCUAAGGGAACUUACAAUUUGGUUGGAUAUUCCUUUGGCGCAGUAGUGGCAUUUGAAAUGGGAGUUUUACUCGAAAAGCAAGGUGAAAAAGUGAAUCUCUUCUUCAUUGACGGAUCUCCGGGUUACGUGGCCACCCACACCGGAAAAGCCCGAUCUAAGAUCCAUAAAAGCGAAGCGGCUGAACAGAGCGAGGCGAUGUCCUUCUUUAUUACGCAAUUUAAGGAUAUCGAUCAACAAAAGGUUGUUCAAGAUUUAUUAAAUUUAAAAUCCUUAAACGAAAGGGUGGCCAAAACAGUAGAGAUCCUCGGCAAAUCGUUACCGUUCCCUGCUGACCAAGUAAGCGCGGCGGCGCUUAGCUUUUACCUAAAACUGAAGGCGGCCGACCAAUAUAAACCACAAAAUAAGUUCAAUGGACCAGUUUCACUAGUUAAGGCUAAAGAUAACUUUGUGGACUUGGAUGAAGACUAUGGAUUAUCAAAGGUAUGCACAAUGAAACCAAAAGUGGAGGUCCUCAGUGGAGAUCACAGAAGUAUACUGACAGGGAACACCGUGGAAAGAAUAGCGAACAUUUUGCAUCAAAAUGUUUUAUCGGCAUAAAAAAAAUAAUAAUGCUAAUUUCCUUAGGUUCCAAAGAAUAGUCUUAAAGCAUAUUUUUGUCCAUGGCGUUUGUGAAUUAAUACAUUCCGUUUAAUUGAGUUUAUAUUUGAAACAAAAAUAUAUGUGAUUUUUUUUUUGGUUUGUUACGUUAACAGUAACAAAGCACAUUGAUUUAGUUUUUUUUCUUUGUAAAUAGUAGCGUAGCUGACUAGGUUAAGUUA